AUGGAACUUUCGACAGUCGAACGAACCAAAAUCCAAUGUAGUUUUUGUUCAUUGUUCGUUAAAAAUAUUUAUAUCUGUCCACGUUGUAAAUUAUUUUAUUGUUCAAAACGUUGUUAUCGAGACAAACAACAUGAGAAUUGUUCGGAAGAAUUUUAUCGAGAAUGUGUCGAGGAUGAACUAAAACUUAUGCGAAAUGAUUCAGCAAAUUCGAGGCUUCCUUUGUCUUUCGAAGAGUUUAUGAAAAAGGCGAAUGAUCAAGAAACAAAUAAUGGAAUUCCGGAUGAUGCUGAAUUAUUAGAUUCAGAUGAUGAAGACGUUGAAUAUUUGGAUGAAGUAAUGAAGCGAACGAAAGUUGAUUUGGAUAAUGUUGAUGAAGAUGAUUUAGACCGACAGUUGUUGAUCAGUGGCAUUGGGACAGACACCGAACAGUUAUUUGCAGCAUUAAAUCUGUCUGAGAAAGAAGCUUUCGAACACUUGGCAAAUCAGUUUUAUUUGGAAGAAAACGAUCUUGAGAAAUCUGUUUUUCGUUCAGAAAAUAGAUCUAAAAAUAUUCAUGGAAAUAAAUGA